AUGUCCGAUGAUCAUCUCGACGAUGUUGCCGCUCAAUGCGCUUCCCUUCAGGAAGACGAGAUAACUGUUCUCGAGUCCAUAUAUCCAUCCUUGAUCACUGUCCACCCGAAUCCAGAUGACAAACCCGGACAACUUCUAACACUGACUCUACCCAUCACCCUUCCAAGCCCUCAUCAGAUCCAACUAGACACCUCGGCAGGUCCCUCGGCAUCACUCGAACUCUCUCACCUACCUCCUCUCACAUUUAAAGUACUCUUUCCAAAGCAAUAUCCAAUGGUCGAACCUGCUAAACCAAUAUCUCUUAGAGCGGGUCUACCAAGUGGCGACAAGCUGGGUAAUUGGUUACCCCGCACCAAACUUAGAUCAAUACAAGAUAAGCUUUUGGAAAUGUGGGAAGAAGAAAGAGAGAUAUGUGGUGGUGAAGGACAGGGUGCAGGAGUGAUUUGGAAAUGGUGGGAAUGGAUAGGGAAUGGUGAUUUCUUAACUGAUCUAGGGAUGUUCAAUGGUCCGAUCUUAGAAUUAUCUGUACCACCCAUGCUGACCCCUUCGACAUUCCAUACGAUGUUGAAAACGUAUAAUGCAAGUCAAUUACAUUCCGAUUUCGAAAAGACUGCGUUUUCAUGUUCGAUCUGUCUUGAAAAUCGAAAAGGGAAAUCAUGUGUACAGAUACCAAGAUGUGGAUGUGUAUUUUGCACGCCGUGUCUUAGUUCCUGUUGGUCAUUGGCAAUCACCGAAGGAUCAUUGGAGAAUGUGUCCUGUCCUAGUGUAUCAUGUACGAAACAGCGUGCUUUACGUGAUCGAGGAGACAACGGCGAUAACGAUAUUGAUGGGGAGAUGGUAGAAAGUGUAGUAGGGAAGGAGUUGAGAGAGAGAUGGGAAGAUGUGAAAGAGAAGCGUAAAGCUGAGAUUGACCCCUUAUAUACGAUAUGUCCCAGACCAACAUGUCAAGCAGCCGUCCCACCCCCACCCGCACCUCAAUCUAAUUCCAUAACUUUCAAUCCAACUUUCAUUUCCCGUGUGAUCCGUUUAUCUGAUCUUCCUACCACUACUUCCACUUCAUCAACCAGCACAAAUGGAUCAACCGAAACCGAUACGAUAUCUACUGCGCCGAGUAUACCGGCAGAAGAUAGAUGGGUCCGUCAUCGGACCUGUCCCAAAUGUUCAUACUCUUUUUGCCUAUACUGCAAUGCAACAUGGCAUGGACCUCAUACGCCCUGUGCGUUCCCUCAAACAUCAUUGAUCGUCUCGGAGUAUCUUAGUUACCCCGAAGGAAGUGAGGGCAGAAGAAGAAUGGAGGUUAAGAGGGGUAAAGUUAAUUUGGAGAGGAUGGUGAGGCAGUAUCUUGAGGAUGAGGCGAAUAAAAGUUGGUUGGAGAUUAAGACUAGUCCUUGUUCAGGAUGUGGAGUGAGGGUUGAAAAGAGCCACGGAUGCAAUCAUAUGACGUGUGGUCGAUGUAAUGCUCAUUUCUGUUAUCGAUGUGGUGGAUCUAUCAAUCCCAAGGAUCCAUAUAAACACUUUAACACUCCUGGAAGAUCAUGUUAUCAGAAAUUGUUCGAUCAAGAGGAGAUCGAUAGGUUUGAGAGGGAAGUAAAUGGGGGUGGUGCAGCCGGGGGAGGUGUGGGAGGUGGUUAUGAGGAUGAGUGGAGGGAAUUUAGAGGGAUUUGGGAAUGGUAA